AUGGCUUCAGACGACGAAUCUAAUUCGCGGCCCAAACGGCCAACCGCAAUGACAAGGCAGUCUUCGUCGCAGUCGCACAUCUCGCAGUCGCCGUCGGAUAGCCAUCAGCGGACUGCUCACCACAAGACACAGCGUCAUCAUGUCGUCGGCCAGCGCGUGCAAAGAAACACGUCGUUUGGCAAGAAUCUCAACAAGCUGAGUAAGGCUGAGAAGCAGGCAGUCCAGGCGCAACAGGCGGCAGAAAGUACAGGCAGGCAUCACCGUCGCACGCAGUCUGGCAAUUCCGUGUCCGCACCCAGCAGCCCUCGCCCAGGCUUCAAGCGCCAUGCCUCAUCUGGCGCCAUUGUGAGAGCGAACCAGGCACAUGUGCAGGCGAAUAUACGGAGGAACCACUCGAGCGGGCAGCUGCCACCUCGACAAGGACACGCAAAACACGCGCUCAAGUCGUCAAAGCACGAAAACGGCCCCUCAAAGCGCGCGCUCGCCACCCCCCGAGAAUCGCGUACAUCUUCACCGGAGCCGCACGCUGCAGUCCACUUCGAGAUGCCCAACGACGACGAGGAAGGCGAUGACGGCGGCUGGACUGAAGAGAGCGCGUCACAAUCACCCACCACUACUAGAUCGAACACGCGCUCUAACUCUGUCAUACUUGAAGCACAACACCGGGCUGCAGAAAUCAACAUGGAGAAGAAUCGAGGAGAGCCACCACAACAGGCAAACGUAGCUCGCGAGCCGCCAGCGCAGUCGACACAGACACUUACGGACCGCACCCGUAGUAAUACGCAGAUCAACGGCGGGAGCUCUUACCAGCACUCUCGGCCCCCAGAUGCUGACAUGAUCACUUCCCGACUACUCCAGCGCAGCGCUUCUCACCAUGUCCCUCCUCAAACAACGUCAGUCGCUGCGACUGUCGUUUCUUCAUCUGACCGCCACAACCUUCUCAAUCACACUGCUGGAUCCGUUGGAUCUACACUGGUAGACACACCAGGACGUGACCUAGUAUCACGCUUCAUGGACGGCCAUGGUUCUGCUGGAACGCCGCAUGAUGGCACAUACAUGUCGAUCAAUCCUAAUAACCACGAUAGUAGCCAAGGUGAGCUUGAUAUCAGCAAGAGGAACAAGUCGAUGCCCAACUUCAGCGGUGCUGAUACGCCCUCAAAAACGCCUCAGCGGUCUGGCACUACUACGCCAACUAAUUUGCCGCCGUCGCGAACCCAGCAAAAACUCAUGCUGCAACGUGCGUCAUCCAACAUUGAGCCGCAGAAGCUCGUACCCGUGACGCUUCCCCGCACAGGCGGACCGACGUACUUGCAGUCUAGCAUUCACUAUAAUACGAACGGAGAGGGACGUCUUGAUCCCCGCUUACAGCAGCAGUUCAAUCACGUUGCCGUCGAGUACAACGUUGUCCGGAGAUACCGCAACCCUAUUGCAGAUUCGCUUGGGCGCAUACAUCAGAUCCCUGGCAUGUCGCGAAAAACGCGGAUACCAAAGUCGUCAAACGGAAACGGAUUUGCAACAGGCGCCAGCAGCCUGAGCACAAGUUUCAACGAUGGGCCUGUUGAAACAGAUGCAGGGUCGCGAAGGUCGCGAGUCAGCUUUGACGACCAAAGCCGGGGCAAGACUAGUCGAAGCGACAAUGAGGUUGAAGGCCGACAAAGUUUCGAGAGCGAUCAGGCUCGCCGAAACGAAGCCGAGGAGAUUUGUCGACGACUAUGGGAGAGUGCCGAAGUGGUCGAGGCCGACUGA